GGGAUAUAUCUCAGACGCUAAAGAAAUAUAUAUUAAGAGAGUUUGAGUGUUUGGAAAAUGGAGAACUUCCCAGUAAUCAACUUGGAGAAGAUUAAUGGCGAAGAGAGAAAGGCUACCAUGGAGAAAAUUCAUGACGCUUGUGAGAAUUGGGGAUUUUUUGAGUUGGUGAACCACGGGAUAUCCCUUGAACUAUUGGACGCAGUGGAGAGGUUAACAAAAGAGCAUUAUAGGAAAUGCAUGGAGAGAAGGUUCAAGGAGUUUGUGGAAAGAAAAGCAAUAGAGGGUAUUCAAGCUGAGGUUAAGGACAUGGACUGGGAAAGUACCUUCUUCUUGCGUCACUUGCCAGACUCAAACUUCUCUGAAAUCCCAGAUCUCACUGAUGAAUACAGGAAGUUAAUGAAGGAAUUUGCAGAACAAAUACGGAAACUUGCAGAGGAACUACAUGAUUUGCUUUGUGAGAAUCUUGGACUAGAGAAGGGCUAUCUCAAGAAGGUCUUCCGUGGAUCAAGAGGACCAACUUUUGGCACAAAGGUUGCCAACUACCCUCCUUGCCCUAACCCUAAACUUGUGAAGGGUCUUCGUGCCCACACCGAUGCCGGUGGCAUCAUCCUCCUCUUCCAAGAUGACAAGGUUAGCGGCCUCCAACUUCUCAAAGACGGCCAAUGGAUCGAUGUGCCUCCAAUGCGCCACUCCAUCGUCAUCAACCUCGGUGACCAAAUUGAGGUAAUCACAAAUGGGAAAUACAGGAGUGUGGAACAUCGUGUGAUUACCCAAGCUAAUGGGACUAGGAUGUCUGUAGCUUCAUUCUACAAUCCAGGAAGUGAUGCUGUUAUACAUCCAGCACCACCAUUGAUUGAAGGAAAGGAAGACGAAACCAAUCAGAUGUAUCCAAAAUUUGUGUUUGACGAUUACAUGAAGCUCUAUGCUGCACUCAAGUUUCAGGCUAAGGAACCAAGGUUUGAUGCCAUGAAAGUUGUGAACUCCACUACUGCAACAGCUUAAGGAGGGAUUUAUUUAACUGAUUUGAGAAGGGAAAAGCAAAGAAACAAUAUACGCAUAAACAAAACAAAAGGCUUAUACUUCAUUUUUUUAUUCACAUUUUUUACUAUAGAGGGUGAAUUUUUUUUUUUUUACGUCAGUGAGUCAUGAAUUUAUCAAUAAAAGUAGCGUUCUUUUA